AUGGGUCUUCUUAGCUUUGUGAGCCAUUUCGGCACAUUCCUGUUGCUCGCGGCAACAGUUCUUCUCGUUGUGUCAUCCAUCACAGCUCCCACCGUGAGCAACAUCUCCCUCUUCACGGUGGACUUGGGUAGAGGCAACGAAGAGAUCACGUUUGGCACCUUUGGCUGGUGUGUCCGGGGGAUCCCCGACAGGGGCUGCUCUUCCUCAUCCAUCGGUUAUUCACCCACCGAUAUCAUCACUGCGGUAGAGGGCACCGAAUUUUCGGAUAACCGCCAAAACACAGCCGAGGCCCUGACCAACGUCAUGAUCCUGCACCCCAUCGCCGCCGGUAUUUCGUUCCUCGGCUUCGUCCUCUCCCUGGGCUCCGGCAUGUUCGGCUCCCUGCUCGCCUCGCUCGUCGCCGGCGUGGCCUUCCUCGUCACGACGAUCGCCCUCAUCUGCGACUUCGUCUGGAUCUCCGCCGUCCGCAACAACGUCAACGACGACGACAGCGGCGGCAGUCCCCUCAGCAACGCACACUACGGCGCCGCGCUGUGGUGCGUCCUCGUCGCCGCCCUGUGCGCUCUCGUCGCAUCCGUCAUCCUCCUGGUCACCUGCUGCAGCGGCCGGUCCAAGCGCCGCCGUACCGAGAACCGCAAGUCCGACUUCCAUGCUCCUCCUGCCCACACCGGCCGCAGACGCUGGUGGUCGCGUCGCCGCCACUAG